AUGAGCUACGUCGCUGUCCGUUUGCCUCCCUUCUGGCACAAGAACCCCAGCAUAUGGUUCAUCCAAGCUGAGACGCAAUUUCAGCUCUCCGGCAUUUCCUCAGAGCUCACCAAGUACCGGCACAUUGUUGCAGCGCUACCGCCAGAAAUUGCUAUUGAGGUUGCCGACGUGCUCCAAGCCCCGCCGCACGAGAAUCCGUUCACCAACCUGAAGACUGCCAUCCUAGAUCGUACCACUCUCACUGAGCGUAAGCGGCUACAGCAAUUGCUCAACGCGGAGGAGCUCGGUGAUCGCCGACCGUCCCAGCUGCUACGGUCCAUGGAGUCUUUGCUCGGCGAUCGUGCCCCGACAUUCGACGCCCAUUUGCUGCGGGAGCUGUUUUUGCAACGCCUUCCCCCGCAAGCCCAGAUGAUUCUGGCCGCAGCGUCAAGUCUCCCCAUUCACGAUCUUGCUCAGCAAGCCGACAAAAUCAUGGAAGUGGUCGGCCCAGGCGUCGCCUCACUCUCCCAGCCCUCAUCCGACCCCUUGGAAUCCCGCUGCGAUGCUGACCGUUCUCGCCACGACCCCGUGCACGCGCGCCUUGAUUCCUUGUCAGCCGACAUUUCCCACCUCCGCGAGUGCAUCGACGCUCUUUCUGCUGAUCGUACAACCCGCCGCCAACAUUCCCCGCACCGCCGCCGCUUCCGAGGACGGACCUCUCGAACCCGCCGCCGCUCGUCUUCUCCGAGCACCGAAGAUUCCUCAGUUCCUUGGUGUUGGUACCACCAUCGUUUCGGAGCUCGUGCGGAGAAGUGCACUCGGCCUUGCGGCUGGUCGGGAAACCCGGCAGGGGAGCACUGUCGGCGACCAGCAGUCUCCCGGCGUCUCCCAUCAGUCGCCUGUUCUACGUUACUGACCGUGUGA